AUGCCCGCUAGGCUUCUUGUCUUCGUGGACACUUUCUGGAAAGUUGGCUUCUACAUCUUCGGAUUGAUAGGAAUCCUCACAGUGGCCUCCACCUUCGUCCACGACAACGACAACCCAGACUCCAUUCAGCGCUUUUGGCAGUUCCAGUACUCCAUCUUGGACAUCAAGAGCUGGCAGCCCCGGGGAUUCAUCCUCCAACCUUUGGGCUUGUAUUUCCUCGGGGGCUUUCUGUUCGUCACACAGGUCCUCCUGGAAGAGCAGAUCCUCCCCGGCGAGGAGGUGCUGAAGUCCGAGUCGGAGGAGAAGCGCUGCUUCUUCUUGGAGCAGGUUGAUUGGCAGGUGGCCGCAGGCAUUCCUCACGUCCGUCAGGGGACCGUUCCCAAUGCUACAUCGAUGCGGGCCCCCUGGGUGCCGACCCGCACCUGUGGCCUCAGCAGGGAGUGUAAGCUCAAGGAAGCAAAGAUCGAGUACGAGGUCCGGCGGACGAGCACCUGGAUGCAGUACUGGAGCGCUCUCUGGGGCCAGUGGAUCCGACGAGUGCCGCCCUCGACGUGCUUCAUGGCCAACGAAACUCUGCCGGCCUUGGCGCUGAACCUUCCCAUGAAGGACUUCAGCCCGGCCGAGGUCAAGAAUUCCACGGAGAACCUCAGAUUCGCCCCUGCCUACAUGGGGGCCGACGGCCCGCCGUGGAAUCGCAGACAGUUCUUCGCCAAGGACUACUGGACGGCCUGCAACUACGAGUGCUACGAGUGGGGUGAGGGCUCCGCAGUGGAAAACUUGCUGGAGUGCGGCAUGGUCAUCGGGGGCGGCCUCACGAUCGUGCUGGUAGCCAAUGCUGUAGGAAACUACGUCGGAAACAGCUUCGUCACGCACGACACCAAACCCGAGGAACUCAUCAAUGUUCUGUUGCGAGACGUCCGGGUCCUCUUUCGUGCAAGAAAGAGGCUAUGCCAGUCGCUUUGCUGUCAGAAGAUGGGCAACGAUGCGACCGGGAAGGCUUUCCGGCACUUUACGAGGCUGGCUUGGCAGGGUGUCAUCAUCAACAUUAUCAAGCUCAUCCUUUAUUUCUACUGUGGUACGAAGAUCUAUCGCCAUGUUGCAGUACGCUACACAGGAUCCCUCUCCGAUCGCGGCUUGCUCCGCUGCAUUCUUUACCUGAGCAUCUUCAACAGUGGCCUUCGGUCGGUCUUCUGCUUCACCCGGAAGUGCUGGCGGGAGGGCGAGGAUGAUGGAUUCUGCUGCGGGCUGAGUGCUUCGAACCAGUUCUACAUGCAGUGGCACGUUGCAACCGCCGUGUUGGUGUGUAGGUGUGCACAUGCAUACGUAGCUUCAUAUUGA